GCUGUGUGUGCGUGCGCGCGCAGCCAGUGCCGUGCGCUAGAGGCUUAUGGUAAUUGCGGUCUCCCGACUGGCCUUCUGGGUAGAGUCUGCGCGAGUGGGAGUGGAGCGAGUCGCUCGGUCUCGGCAGCGUUCAUCCAUUCUGUGAGGCACUCCCCGUACGGCUCCGCGCGUCCUCGGUCUCGAACCCUCUGCUGUUCCCUGUACGCUCCGCGGGCGAAACGCGAGACCACACGGACUAACCUUUACAAAAAGCUUCCGAGACUCGGAUAUUCCGGUUGUCGGAAGAGGACAUGGAGUGAGCCGGAGAAAAGGGGGCUUUUUCCGAGGACGGCGUGCUCCGCUGAAACCCAACAUGGCGCUGCUGCGAGGUACGGCCAAGCUGAAUUAAUUUCUCCGCGAGUCCGCCGACCUCGCCACCUGUAUCCUGUGGGGAGACCGGACCGCACGGCGCGUCGGCUCUGCCGGACCUUAACGGACCUUCUGUAGUGGAUUUCUCUACACUCUGACGCUUGUUUUCCCCUCCGCACAGGAUCUCCUUUUUUUGUGUCGCUUUAUGGCAACCCAAGUGACAUUUGCAGCAGCCAAAAAGUCCGCUGUUAAUAUCUGGUAACGGAUGAGAGUUGCCUGUAGACAAUAGAAUAUGACCGAGAGCUUUUAUUUGUGAGACUUAUUUGGUUUCGUGACAAGUGGAUAACCUGUUAGAGACUUUUUUUUUAGUUGUGUGUUUUUUUUUUUCCUCCCUUUUGGCCGGGAUUGCGUGUCUCCAGCAGACGGGACCGUGACCGGGCUGCUCUCUCCGUAUACGCACAAGGAUCGCUAUCCUCCCAGUUAACUUGUGGGGGGCAGUGGGGGGCAAAACAACAGGAAAAAAGGCGUGAGUUGGGGUUACACGGACGACGGCUGGAACUAGCACCAAUUAACCAGGGCAACAUCUGUUCGUGAUGUCGAUGCUGAGACCCAAACCAACCUGGAACUAAGACAAGGGAACCACAUCACACGAAACAUGGUGGAUGCAAGGUUGACGCCCCUGGCAGCAAUGGGGCUGGACCGAGGCACUUUGAUGCACGACGGUCUUCGUCUCCAUGGUGGGGUUGUAUACCCAGGCAUCAGAGCACUGCCAGUGGAGAAGAGCCGAGAGACGUGCUCCCUCCCCCUCACUUAUAACAGGGAUGGUCUCCCAGAGCUCAUCUACAAGCCUGAUGGCCCCUUGGACAGUCGUAAGCCCACUAAUGGAUAUCUGGGCCUGUAUAAGGGCAUUCCUCCAGGUCUCCACAAGCCUGUGCUUGUUCAUGGAGCUGAAGGUCUAGGCUUGGAACGCAGACUAGGGCCUGGAGAAAAGGCAUCUGAACUAGCCUUGGCAGGCGCUGGUGGCAGCUACCUCCGCCUGCCUUGGUACAGUCCCUACCCUGAAGCCAGCAUGUAUCCCUUCAUGGACACAUCCAAGUACGCAGCUCUAAACAUGUACAAAGCCUCCUUGCUAAGCCAACCCAACCCCUAUCUUGCCCAGCACCUGGCAUACCCGUCUCUGUGUGCAUCCCAGGGGGGCAACGUUAACCCUGCUGCUGCCGUAUCCGCUGCCGAGAGGCUCUACUACAUGCCCCCCUAUCCUCCUUCCCCCAUCUCUUCUCCCUUGGGGGCACCACCAAUGAGGAUUCCUGCAGUGACAGUGGCCCCCACAUCCAUGGUCCACUGCCAGGACAAGGGGCUUGGUGUUGCCCCUCAGUUUGCACAGCAGCUUCAUCAACCUUCCCCUCAUGCUCAGCAUCAUCAGGCUGCCAUAGAUAGGGACCGGUCCCCUAGCAGGAGCAGCAGACCAAGCAGACCUCCCUCUAGGAAGGGCUCUAGCAACAACAAUAAUACCAGUAGCUCUAACACUAGUGGCACCAAUAGUGGGAAUAAUAAUAGCCUGCCCACUGAUUCUUCUCCUCAUGCAUCUUCUCGCCUUCCCCAGCCUCCCCCUCCUCCCCCUCCUCCUGCCCUUAUUGACAGCUCACUGGAUUUACAACGCCCAGUUGCUAGAAUAGGACACCCACCGGCCUCCUCCUCCUCUUCAAUAUCUUCAUCAUCCUCAUCCACACAGUGCAUUCCUCAUCCAUUCUCUGUAAGCAGCAUGGCAUCAGAGCAGCCUUCUCCUGCCCGGCCCAGCCCCCAUAAAUCUAGGCCAAGAGACGGGGCACCUGAGCACAGAAAUGCAGGGGUUGAGAGAAGACCCAGCAGGUCACCCUCCAAACCUAAUUUUGAGAGGCCUGCUCACCAACCCCAAGCAACCAAAGACUCGACAGAGAAGCCCUUGGAUUUGUCUGGAAGAAUGCUGGAGUUUGGGUUGCCUCCCAAUGGAUUCCCAGUUAAGAUGGACACUUUAGCUUCAGGCGCACGUUAUGGACUGCCCCCUAGCCGAGAGCUCCUAAAGGACAAAAACCUGUCCCUGUCUCCUUCCUCCCACCCACACUCCGUGGUCAGCAGCACUUCUUCAAAGGUCCCUGAAAGGCCAGAAAUGAUAAGCACUUUACACUCCUCCUGGGUUGUACCUAGCCCGUCUCCAUCCCGUACACAGCACACAACAGGCUUGCCCCCCUCCCCAAGGCCUAACACAGACCUGGGCCUUUCUCAACCCAAAGGCUCCUCGCCCUCUGUCAUCAAACACAAGGGUCUGGAGAGAGUACUUCCUCAGCAACGUAGCUCAUCCUGUCCAAGGACAGGGGAGUCCAACCAUAAUGUGUCCUCCACUCAACUCUCUAUGGUCAGCUCCAGGGCUCUUUCUCCCAAGCCCAAUGGUGAGUGGGUCAAACACAGCCCUAGUCAUUCAGAACACCCAGGCCACCACAGAGAGGGAACAGAGAAGUCCUCCCACACCACUAAGAGAGGUGAAACAACUCCAGAACUGUCAUCAUACAAAAGGCCCUGUUUAGAGAAUGGUCACGCCCCUGGCCACCUUUACCUUCCUCAAAGUGACGCUUACCUGAACCACAGUUUGGCCUAUGCCAAUAGAUACCUGCACUACCCUAUCCCCGAUGGCAUGGCGCUACACUCCCUGCCAAUUGCAGGGAAAGGCCCAGUUUACCCUCACCCGGUAUUGCUGGGCAGCAACAGUCUUUAUCCAACCCACUUGGCAGCAAAACACCCUUUACCCUACCACAACCUCCCAGCUGGUCCAGGAGGGGAAUACCUCACUUAUAACUCGCAGGAGAUGACCCAUCCCCUGAUGCAAACUCACUCAGAUAAGCUGGCAGAAAGGGGAGAUGCAACCUUGAAGCCUCGGGGACAGGAGAAAUCCCGGGGGGUUGUCGAAGAAUGCGGGGGCCACAGAGAUCACAUUGGGAAAGAGAUAGGCGAUGGAAGCCAAAUUAAGUCUGAUUGGGAAGCAGGAGCACAAGGACACGGUGGCAAUCAAAGCAAAGCCCCCUCUUCUUCUGUAACAUCCAGAGAAAAGAUUGUCUGCAUUGACCUUGUACACUCAGACACAGAUAUUGAGUCUACCCCAACAGUCCACAAACAGCCCUCUGCUGAGACAAGCAGCAAGGUUAACCAAAAUGAAUGUUGUCAUAGUAACCAAAAUCUGACAAAGCCUGAGUACGAGCCAAAACACCAACACCGCCUUUCCCAUCCUUAUCCCAUCCACUCCGGACACAGCCCCACCCUGAAGUCCAAUCACACUGAUAGACAGCCAGAAACUCCCUUUGGGAAACCAAAGGCUCUUCAGGACACGGGCUGUCCUGGGGGGACCUCCAGCACAUCCCCGACUUCUCCAGGGCAGUUUGCCCAAGCCGAGGAGAGCCCAGGGGAGCGGAGCCCCAGCCCAGACCCCGACGACCAAGACCAGAGCACCUUGCGCUGUGCCCGCACAUCUGGAGAUCGCAGCUCUGGUAAGGACAAACGGGACAGAGACUGCCGAGCUCUUCACUUCUCUCAGCACUGCACCGAUGUGGUGAAGGAGGAGAGAGCGUGUGAGGGGGAGACUGAAAGAGAAGACAGCAUUGUUGACCUAGGGGAGUCUCAAGGGGAUGAUGAUGAUGAUGAUGAUGAUGAUGACUACUACGAAGAUGGCCUGACGUCACCGAAAGGCUCCCGUAGAUCCAGUCUGGCCAAGAGAAUCGCUAACUCCUCAGGCUACGUUGGCGACCGCUUUAAAUGUGUUACCACUGAGCUGUAUGCUGACUCCAGCAAGCUGAGCCGUGAACAGAGAGCCCUGCAGAUGGAAGUCAUAUCACGAGAGGGGAGUAAUAUAAGUCAACCUGCAGCUAACUGGGAGCGGGCAAUGAUGCGGUUCUCGGAGCUGGAGCUGAAGGAGAAGGAGGGCGGCGGUGUGUGCGUGUCUGCCUUGGCAACGGCAGCAGGACGGGAGCUGGCAGACGGCCAGCGUAGAGAACGAGUGCUGGAACACUGCCAACACACCACCAGGCAGGGAGAGAGGGAGGGUGUCCGGCUGGCGUAUGCCAACAGAGUGCCGGUCCUCCAGAGGUGCGGUGCCCUGAGUGAGCCCUGCAUGUCCCCAGGGUACAGGGCUCGAGAGGGGGCCCACCAAGGCGGGCUGAAUGACGGGGCCAGGACCGUGAAGAGGGAGCCAGAAGGGGGUCAUUGUUUGCCCCCCACUUUGACGCCGGCGAAAGGGUACCCUGAGGCCAGCCCCGGCUUCGGAGCCAACAGGAAACGCCAGCUUGGCCUGAAGGCCGAGCAAGAGGACACGGAGUGGGAGGAAGGAGACAGGGUGUCCCACCCGGAGAAAAGAGCCAAGCUUUCUACGGAUGAGCAUGAGCAGGCCGGCACUGACGACGACGACGACGAGGUUCGGAAGCUCAAGGUCUGCAUCGAGCUGAAGGGACUGCGGCUCAGCAAGCCUGCUGCCGGCGCAGCCUCCCCCGACGGGCCCCUGAUCAAACAGGAGAGGGCGUGGCCCCAGCCCCGAUUGGUGGCUCCGGUCCAGAGUCAGCGGGAACGCAAGAUCCGGCCCGGUGAGCUGGAGGACAGGGCCUCCGCGGCGCACAGAGCCGAGAUCAACAGGAAGUGGGGCUGCGAGAAGCUGCUUAAUGGAGUAGCUACUUCUCCCCUCCCCCCCGGCCAGCUGAAGGACAGAGCACACUCUCCGGGCCCCUUCUUAGGUGACCGCGGCCUCAAGGAGCCCAGGAGGGGCCCUCCGUCUCCGGCCCCGGAGUCAUGCGUGGGAGGCCCCCCUUGUAUCAAGCCCCGUCGCCAUAGUGACACGGACAAACCCAAGGGCAAGCGGCCGUGCAAGACCAAGCACACCAGUCAGAGGGAGCGAGAGCGGGAGAAGAGGAAAGAGGCCACACCUAGCAGCCCGGGCUCGCGCUGUGCGGUUGAUCUGGGAGCGGCGGAAGAUGACAAGCUGAGUGAGCAGCGCAGCACUCAGGGGAAGGGAGCCUCCUCCCCUAAUCAUUACCCCUGCUCUCCAGUCAAGCCCUGCUCCCCCGCCGCGCUCUGUCCGCCGACCCUGCUGCCCCAGGCGAACGGCAGGGCGUGCUGUGUCCUGCCAGAUGAGGUGGCGGCGGCAGAAGCGGCUGUGGCUGCCGCGGCGGGGCUGUACAGGGCCCCCCCUGCCGAGGCCCCCUCGGUGCGUCCCAUCCCGCCAGAGGCUCGUCGGCUGAUCGUGAACAAGAACGCCGGCGAGACUCUGCUCCAGAGAGCCGCGCGGCUGGGCUACGAGGAGGUGGUGCUGUACUGUCUGGAGAACAGAGUAUGCGAGGUGAAUCACCGGGACUACGCCGGCUACUGCGCUCUCCACGAGGCGUGCGCCCGCGGCUGGCUGAGCAUCGUCCAGCACCUGCUGGAUUACGGAGCCGACAUCAACUGCAGCGCACAGGACGGCACCAGGCCGAUUCACGACGCUGUGGAGAACGACCACCUGGACGUGGUGCGAGUCCUGCUGUCGUACGGCGCCGACCCCACCCUGGCCACGUAUUCUGGCCGGGGCCUGCUGAAGAUGACCCACAGCGACGGCAUGGAGCGCUUCCUCACCGAUUAUUUCUCCGACCUUCAGGGCCGCGCGGAUGACGACCCGGGGCUUUAUUGGGAAUUCUAUGGCAGCGCCGUGUGUGAGUUGAGCGAGGAGGGAGGUGUGUAUGACAUCCUGGCCGAUCCCCCGGGCCCAGAGGACGAGGACGAGGACGAUAAAAGAGAGGUGUUCGAGUUCGAGUUCUCCGACCGACCUCUGCUGCCGUGCUACAACAUCCAGGUGUCCCUCUCUCAGGGGCCAAGAAACUGGCUGCUCCUGUCCGACGUGUUGCGCCGGCUGCGGAUGUCGGGUCGCGGCUUCCGACAGGCCUUUCCCCACAUGGAGGUGGUGACGGUGGCGGAGGCGGAGUUCUACCGGCAGGCCUCCCUGUCGCAGCUCUUCUCCUGCCCGGAGGAGCUGGAGGGAUUCCACGCGGACAGCAAGGACCUGCUGGACCUGGUGGAGGACAGCGCCGAGCUGGCCGCCCUCCUGGGCUCCACGCUGGAGUGUCUGGACGACCGCUGGGACCGCGCAGGGGACAGACUGAAGGACAAAAUCAAGGCCAUCCACAAGGUGGGCUCGUCCUGACCAACCGGAGCCGCCGAACCCCGGACCUCGAUCCGCAUCGAGUGCAGUUCGCUUUAGAACCAACCAGGGGUUCCGAUGACAUGCCUUAGCCGGACAGGGAGGCUGCUCUGGACCAGCGCUGUACAGACGGACUGAAGCGGUCUAUCCGUUAACCGAGGAUCCAUACAUGUGUGACUCUCUAGACUUGAUAAUGGUCUUAUUUUUAUAAAUUAAUAUAUGUAUAAAUCAAUAAAUAUAUAUAUAUAUAUAUAUAUAUAUA